AUGAAGGACACCCAUGGAGUGGGGAUCAUCUUCAAUGCCAAUCUACCUCUGUACCAGAAGAAAAUAGAAAUGUGCUUUUCCUGCUUUGUCCAGCAGCAGUUAUGGGAUACUCAGGGUCAACUGCAUAUCACUGGAGGUGAUAAAGGAAGACUAUCUUUGUCACUACCCUUGAAUAAGCUGAAGCUGAUGCACUUGAAUCUUGAGGAUGACCCCGAGGAGAUCUGGGUGGAAUUCACGAAGUAUUUAAAAAUCAUAAUCAACUCCAUGUCUGAAAGCAGAGACAGGUAG